GGGUUAAAUAGCGGAUAUGUGCCGCAGACCGGCAGAUUACACCAGCUCAACGUGCUCCGUAGACAUUGAGAAUAGCGCGAGCGUUUGGCACCUGAACCGACGGACGAGGCUCCUUCAAGGUCCGUUUCCUUCCCCCUUCCUCCGGGAUCUAAGCGACUCGGUUCUCGCGUACCGCUCGGCUCCUCGGUCGCGACGGGAUGCCCAGGGAGCUGACCCAGAACCGGAUCCAGAAGAUCUGGGUGCCCACCAGGGAUGAAAAGCCGGCACCCCGGAGAGCGGGCGGCGCCCCGCACUUCGCCAACCCGCCCACCGUCAUCGUGAUGGUGGGGCUUCCGGCUCGAGGAAAGACGUACAUGUCCAAGAAACUCACCCGCUACCUCAACUGGAUUGGCAUGCCCACCAAAGUCUUUAACGUGGGCGAGUACCGCAGGGAGGCAGUCAAGAACUACAGCUCGUAUGACUUCUUCAAGCCCGAUAACGAGUGUGCAGUGAGGAUCCGGGAGCAAUGUGCCUUAGCAGCCUUGAGGGACGUCAAGUCCUAUCUGAAGGACGAGGGAGGCCAAGUAGCGGUCUUCGACGCCACGAACACGACCAGAGACCGGCGAGCCAUGAUCCUCCAGUUCGGCGUCGAGAACGACUUCAAGAUCUUUUUCAUCGAGUCCGUGUGCGACGACCCCGGCGUCAUCGCGGCGAACAUCAUGGAAGUGAAGGUGUCGUGCCCCGACUACCAGGACUGCAACAAGACGGACGCCGUGUUGGAUUUCCAGAGGAGGAUCGAAUGCUACCAAACCAGCUACCAGCCUCUGGACCCCGACCAGCACGACAGGGAUCUCUCCUUCAUCCAGGUGAUCGACGUGGGUCGGCGUUUCCUCGUCAACCAAAUCCAGGAUCACAUCCAGAGUAAGAUCGUCUACUACCUGAUGAACAUCCACGUCCAGCCGCGCACCAUCUACCUGUGUCGGCACGGAGAGAGCACCGACAACCUGGAGGGGCGGCUGGGCGGCGACGCCGGCCUCUCGCUGCGGGGCAAGCAGUUCUCCUCGGCUCUGGCUCGGUUCGUGGAGGCGGAGCGGCAGCCGGCGGGCCUGAAGGUCUGGACCAGCCGGCUGUGUCGCAGCAUCCAGACCGCGGAGCACCUGGGGGUCCCGUACGAGCAGUGGAAGGCCCUCGACGAGAUCGACGCCGGGAUAUGUGAAGAGAUGACGUACAACGAGAUGAAGGAGAAAUAUCCAGAGGAGUUUGCUUUGAGAGAUGAAGAUAAAUACUACUACCGCUACCCUGCUGGGGAGUCCUACCAGGACCUGGUCCAGCGGGUGGAGCCGGUCAUCAUGGACCUGGAGAGGCAGGAGAACGUUCUGGUCAUCUGCCACCAGGCCGUCAUGCGCUGCCUGCUGGCCUACUUCCUGGAUAAGAGUGCAGAGGAGUUGCCCUACCUGAAGUGUCCCCUCCACACGGUGCUGAAGCUCACCCCGGUGGCCUACGGGUGCAAGGUGGAGUCCAUCUCUCUGAAGGUGGAGGCGGUGAACACCCACCGGGACCGGCCAGAGGAGGUCCGAUGGGGUCCUGGCACCCUGAUCAGGCGGAACAGCGUGACGCCUCUGACCAGCCCCGAGUCGAACAUCAAGAAGCCUCGCAUCCUCGACGAGGCGCCCAUCCCGGAGCUGCCGCCGGCCGCGCUCUGCAGCCCCUCCCUCUCGCCGUCGCCGGACAGAAGCUGAGGAGAAGCUCUCCUGGCCUGCGUGACGUCCUGCAGGCCUGCCAGUGAACUGCACCCACCUCAUCGGAGACGGAGGCGCACUGCAGCGCAACGACGGGGAAUGCGUUUUUUUGAAAGCUAUUUUUUUCAAAUAGUUGUCGGCCAAGGACACGAGUAACCGCACUUUUUUAUUUUUUUAUUAUUCAAAAAUGAUCAUGAUUAUUUAAAUCAUCUUGUCAUUUCCCACCGUGUCCUGGGGAGACUCCGAAUGUCACAAGGAGAACUCUGGGAAACUAUUUUCUCCUGGUUUUAUUAUUCUGGAGAGACCAAUGACCUCACGGCGAGGUCUCAACAAAAUCAUCUUUUUUAUUUUUUAUUUUAAACUUCUGAUUGCACUUUUAAAAACAAAAGGGGAAGAAUAUCGAAUAUGUUCUGAUUUUCUUCUCUCUUCUAAAAUGUGUGCAAAUAAAGAGCGAUACGAUUUAACCCUUUUUGUUAUUCGACACGAUAAAAUAAGCGAUUAAUUUUUGCACAAUGAGGAUAAAUUAGAUUUCUAUGUCUCUUCCGUGUUGUUUUCCCCUCCGUUGUCACGGUAACGGAGGCGACGCGUUGCCGUAGAGUGCCUGCAGAGCUCCUCCCGCUCCAGGAGAGCCGCCACGUUUUAACCUCAUCACGCCGCAUCACAUGGAUAUUUAACUUUUCACAGUUUAUUUAUCGUUCCGAUCAUUUGACACGAGCUCAUUUCUCUCGAUGCCACGAAGUUAAGCGCCGAUAUAUUUUUCUGUUGAUAUCUUUGUAUAAACGUGAAAGCUGCACAUAGGCGUCGUUUGGAGAGCGCGAUGAAGUAUUUUUGUACUCAUGGAAAGUCCGAUCUGUAAAAGUUGUUAAUGUUUCUGCUCGAGAUGCUUGAACAUGUUUUUUUUUCCUGUUGUAAAAACUGUUUUUCUUGUGUAUUUAUUAGUUUUUGGAUGCUUGGAGCGAGAGGCGCCUCUCGGCCGUGUGAGAGGACCAAUAAAUGACCUGAACAGA